AUGGCGGCCAGAGGAGCACACAUCACGCCGACCGUAGAAAUCAAACCCUCACUCUUCGAGGUGCUGGCGGCCGACUCUCUCAACAAUACCUUUUAUCCCGCCAUCAAACGUGUGGUGGACUUUUUAGCGACAGUCAAACCGACGGUUUUCGGUGGGUUAGUGCGAUACUACGAUGAGCUUUACAUGCUGUUCAAUGGGCUGGUGCAGGGUUACUAUCUCCAACGGCACGGAGGAUCGCUGGCCGAAGUGUUCUACGGUCUAACCCGCCAAUCGGUCCGAAACAAGACGUUCACCAGGCGCGAUCGCAAUUGGUCGUUCGUGGUGCUGGUCGUCGUGCCAUACGCGUUACGAAUACUGGAAACCCGAAUCAACCGGUGGAAAGAUGACUGUGAAAAUGGGAAAACGGUUGCGGCAGAGAAGCAGCUCGUAGUACGCUUGAUGCCCUACGUCAAAGCCGUACACGAAAGCCUUAAGUUGGUCCACUACGUAAUGUAUCUGGCCGGCGCUAGUGAAGUACAUUCGCCUUCGCUGCGCGUGCUUCGCCUUGCACUGACCUAUCAAGCAGAGGAGGAAGAAAGCUGGUCCUUCGCGGACGUUUUCCAGGGCAAGACAAGGGUUGCUGUAAUGCUAAGCACGGCACUGCUACGAUGGUUGGAGCUGUCCGCUUUCUUCCUGCAGUUCAUCGAGUGGUGGCAAACGGAGGCCAACAUUGGGGACCUGUCGAAGCUACCGACUCCGGAAGCUCCCGAUUUGGACGUCAACGCUGCGAAGUACAGCAACGUUUGUCCGAUUUGCCUGCAGAAGUACAUCAUUCCAACGGCCGUGUCCGUGUCGGGCUACGUUUAUUGUUAUCGAUGCAUCGUGACACAUUUGCAGAAAGAAAGUAGGUGCCCGGUAACCAAGUAUCCUGCCACAAUCAACGAUCUCAUCCGGCUGUACAUGGAUGAUGAUGAUUGAAGCUUUCGUGUCCAGUAUCCAAAUCAAUAUCGUGGGAAUUGGGACGACUUGGGGGAAACGGAUAGUUUUUUGUUUGGGAACGGCUAAGCAAAAGUAGGAAAGACUGAA